AUGACAUCGGCGCCGUUGGCAUCCGCUGACCGUCGUGUGCCCCGCGCCCGAACAUCUCAGGCUCCUUCGGCCAGUGGGACGACUGCGUUUCCCGGUGCGGUACGACCAUCGAGCGAUGCAGACCGUGCGUCGACGAGCAAUUCGAGUGCUGCUGCAGGCCCGUCCAGGCUGGCCGCGGUCCCGGCUUUCCAUCGGCCCCGUCAUGACGAUCCAGUUCGUGCGGCACAGGAGGAAGCGACUCGCGUCUGGAGGGCCGACCUGCGCAGGCUGCUCGAACGAGCAGAGGAUCGCUUUGCAGACAUCUGCUGGACUACAGCUCCCGCUCCCACCCAUCCUGAUCAUUCGGAUCUCGACUCGGACCUGGGCCAUUCGCUCGACCACGCCGCCGAUGCGCCAGCUGCAUGGUCACAAGCUGCUCCACCAAUAUCCAACUUGCAGCCACCGACGUCUCUUGGGCCAGCCGUCCGUCCCGCUCCGACAGGCACCCUCAUCUGGGCACACAAGGCUAUCCUCUAUGCCCGAGCUCCCAACACCUUUCAGACUCGCUUCCUCAACCUGCGCUCUCCCGCCGCCCAGCUUCAACACAUCGGCUCCACCGCCAGCCUCGUCUCGCUUCCGCUGUAUCGCAGCACCUCCCAACUCUCGCUCGCUUCCGAUGUGUCGAGCUCCACACAGACAGCGCCGACGCCAUCGAAUCUUGCAACUCAAGCGUCCAUACCGACUACGUCCGUCGGUCGCGCUGGCAUGCCCCCAAAACCUCGCAAGUCGAUCCGAGGUGCUGCACCUCCAAGCAGCUUCUCCAUGACCAAGCCUUCGCUCCGCAAACCUAUCUCGCGGUCCAGCAUCUCCAGACCGCUCCGCAGGGCUACAGGUGACGACACUGCCUCCAUCGCCUCGGGAUUUGCAACCAGCGACAGCGAGGGCGAGGCUGCCUUGCCCAGCAGCCUUCGAUCCUCCCGCUUCAUCAACACCCGCGCUGCAGCCCCGCCAGUCGCUGCCGCCUCGCUCUCUUCACCCUCCAAGCUCUCGCAGGCCUCGUCCGCCGCACCGGCACGCAAAUCAUCCUUUGCUUCGGUGACUUCAGCCACCGACUCCCGCCUCACCGCCGAUAAUGCCUCGAUGGUCAGCGACGCCAGCACGCUCCGUGCGCCCAUCAGCUUGGGAGGCGUCAGCCACGCCUUCUUCGAUGCAACGCUCCAGUACCUCUACACCGGCGAGGAAGCCAUGGUAGAUGCAUUCGAGUUCCUCUUUGAAGACCGCCUGGCACCCGACUCGCAAGCCACGCCGGAGGAGAAGCUCGACAAGCUGCGCUCGGACCUCACGUACAUGUGGCGCAGCAAGCUCUAUUCGGACGUCAAGAUCGUGCUUGGCGACGAUGAUGAUGCGCGCAAUGCAGACGAUGCCAGCAUGGCUGGCGACAAGCGUCGGCGUGCGUCGAGGCUGGCCGACAUUCCUGACGCAAACAUGUCGGUGCUCUCGCUCGCACAGACCGUGGAUACCGACCGCAUCGACGAGUCGGAGGACGACGACGAGCUGACUUUGUUCUCGACGCACCGCAUGAUCCUUGCGUCGCGCUCCGAGUACUUUGCCUCCAUGCUGCUUUCGUCGUACGCAGAUGCCGGGUCGCAGGUGCUGCGUUUGCCUUCGCCGCCCUUUACGCCCGCGUCGCUGCACUUUACGCUCGGCUUCCUCUACACGGGCACGCUCUUCUUUUCGAAUCGCACCUUUGAUCUCGCCACCGCCUUUGCGCUCUGGCGCGCCGGCGCGUACCUGCAGAUCGCGACGCUGCAGGCGCUCGUCACUGCGCUCAUCGACCGCGAGUUCUGCCACGCCUUUACAUGCGCGCCGCCCUGCCGCAAGUGCCUCAAGCGCGUGCCGCGCGCGCUCGCGUUUGCGGCGAGCCCCGACGUUGGCGAGCCUGCGCUGCUCGAGCCCGCCAUCGCCGCCGUAUCCGGGCCCCACUUUGGAAUGUACUGGGCCAAGGAGGUCGGUAACCUCGACCCGCUGCUCCAGGACCGCAUCGUCGACACCGUCUCGGCUCGCAUGGCCGACGACCCCACGCUCGUCGUCUCGGUGCUGCGCCAGCUGUCGAUCGUCGGCCAGCGCAUCGACACGGAGCGCUCCAGUCGGUGGGUCGAGUCGAUCCGACUCAUGGCCGAGACGGUGGAGAACCGGCUGAUGCCGUUGCUGCACGCGCACUUUGAGCGCAUCGUCCAGAGCCGCGCAUGGUCCGACCUGCUCGACGGCGUCGGCUCGCUCGGCGACGUGCUCGAAAAGAGCCUCGUCAUGCUCGUCGAGGGCCUCAGCGAGGCGAGGGCGGCGCAGUUGUACCAGGUGCUCGUCGGACAAGUGCUGCUCAGGGAACAGGGCUUUGAAGUGGCGCACUACAGGCAGCUGGUCGAGACGGCGCGCGAGAGCAUCGUGCGCUACCUCAAGAAACGCUGGAUCAACGUGCGCGCGCUCGGCGGAUUCAACCGGCUCGACAAAUGGUGCCUCAAGGAGCUGGCCGACGAGCUUGAGGUGGCAACCACCGACCUUGUCCUUCCAGACACCCCGCCUAAGCCUAUGGCGCCGCCAAGCAGGCUGGUCGCACGGCCCGGUGCUGCGCGGCAGUCCAGUCCAGCUGCGGGUGCGGCGGCAUCCGCAAGGUCACCGGCCAGCACCCGGUCGUCGCUGUCAACCCCGCGUGCCACAGCUCCUGCCGCUACAAGUAGGCUACGGACUGCGUCGACGUCGUCGACUGCGUCUGGUGCUUCGGCCGCUUCGCCGACGGCACAGAGGCGGCUGCCUCGCGAUGACGGUGAGCGCGAAGCGGGGCCCAUCCACAUGCGUGCCGCCGUGCUCAACCGCAACGCGGCGCGCACCUCGGUCGCCAACGGACACCGCUCGCUCUCGGCCGCGUCCGCGUCGCCGCCUGCAUCAGUCACUAAGGCCGAUGCCAAACCCUCGUCCGGUCCGUCUCCGCGCACCCCCAGUGCCACGCCACCAACUGUGGCCGUCCGGCCUCGAACGACGCCCGUGCGCUCGGCGUCGCAGACUUCGACGCCGGCCGCGGGUGCGAACGGCAGGGUGCGUACGCAUAGCAGCUCGAGCACGGUGAGCACCACCAGUGCUGCGAGCCUGCGCGCCACCAGCCGCACCAAACCCACGCCGCCUGCACCUUCCGUGCGCCCUGCCAGUGUCGCCGGCGCAAGGAGCGCAGCCACGCCGGCGGGGGAUGCAAAUACGACGCCGACGAAGAGCGUGCGGCCGGUACGAUCGUCUACGGCGCUAUCGGCUCGACCGGCGCGUGCGGGGGUGUCUGUGGAUAGCGCGCCGACGAGGAAGCCGUCGGUGCCGUCGCUGGCGGCAAAGUCGUUCCUGCGCGCCACGCCUGGUCCGGGCGGAACGUUUUCGCUCUCAUCCACCGACUCCGGGCGCGAGCUGCGCGCACGCACCCUCAGCGCCGCCUCGCACAAAAUCACGCCGCCCGAAGCUCACGCGCCAGCAGCAGAGGCACAGCUGGAACGCAGUGACUCGAGCACGACCAUUGUGGUGCACCCCACUGACGGUACGAGUGAGCGAGGUGCGCAGACGGAUGCACCGGGCCUCAGGCUCGAGAUGGGUAUUGCCUGCAUCGUGUCGCUCGAUUGCGAUGGGGCGGCACACAAGGUGCGUGCGCUCGUGCGCUACCUCGGCCGCGUCCCCGACCACACCGGCGUAUGGGUGGGCGUCGAGCUUCGUCUCCCCGCAAAAGGAUGCCACGCAAUCAGGCUCGCAGACGGCUGCCUCGACGGCGUACGCUACUUGCCGCCUCACCGCGUCAGUCCGACCGAGGACGAAGCUCGGAGAGAGCGUCGCCGACAGCUCUGGCAUCAAGUAUGCCCGCACACCGCAUUUCCAGACCCCGACCCCGCGCUAGCCACGCAAGAUGAGCAGGAUCAGGUGCUGCUGCCAGCUCAAAGUGUAGUCUGGGUGAUCCAGUAA